ACCUAUAUCAUCUCUCUCUCUCUCACACACACACACAUACCAAAAUCCCAUUGAUCUAAUUCCUACCACCAAACGAUGCCGUAUUGCAACGUCGGAGACUACCAGACCGGCGCCGAUGCAAUCACGAACAAGGGUAUAAGAAUUUUCUACAGAACUUACGGCGGUGGUCCAAUCAAAGUUUUUAUGAUCAUAGGAUUGGCAGCGACCCAUGACUCAUGGAACCCACAAAUCGAGGGUCUUGUUGGGUCGGUGAAAGUGGAACCAAACGACGCCGUUGAAGAUCGGGGUGGAGAUAAUGAUAAUGAUAAUGGGAAAGGUAUAGAGGUGUGUGCGAUUGAUAAUCGAGGUGUUGGGCGUAGCUCUAUACCUAAAAGAUCAGAAUAUACAACAACAAUCAUGGCGAAAGAUGCCAUUGCAGUAAUGGACCAUUUGGGUUGGAAAAAAGCUCAUGUGUUUGGCCACUCAAUGGGUGGGAUGCUAGCUUCCAAACUGGCUGCCCUUUUCCCAGAAAGGCUUAUGUCUUUGGCUUUACUUAAUGUAACAGGCGGAGGCUACGAGUGUCUUCCUAAGCUUGAUCGUCAAACCUUGUCCAUUGCGGUUCGUUUUCUAAGGGCUAAAACUCCAGAGCAAAGAGCGGCCGUUGAUCUAGACACCCACUACACUCAGGAGUAUCUUAAAGAGUGUGUUGGAGAUGAAACAAGAAGAGCAGUACUAUAUCGAGAAUAUGUUAAAGCGAUUUCAUCAAGUGGGAUGCAAUCAAAUCAUGGGUUUGAUGGUCAGAUUCAUGCAUGCUGGACGCAUAAAAUAUCUAGAACAGAUAUAGAAAUGAUCCGCAACGAAGGUUUUCUCAUAUCCGUCAUUCAUGGCAGAUAUGACGUUAUUGCUCAAGUAUCCCAUGCAAGGAGGCUUGCAAAGAAGUUAUAUCCAUAUGCAAAGAUGGUGGAACUUCACGGAGGUCAUCUUGUGAGUCAUGAGAGGACGAAAGAGGUCAAUGAAGCUUUGCUUGAACUGAUAAAGGCAGCAGAAAGCAAGACAAGCCCGCAUGACUGGACCAAUUUGUCAGAGAAGAGCACUGGCUUCUGGUCAAUGAAUUUCUCUAGUGGAUACAAGUCGGAAGGUAGCAUUGCUGAAACAGUUAGGCGCAUCGUGCUAUACAUAUUUAGCAUUUUUGUAUUAGCGUUUGAAUUUAUACGAAGAGUUCCAAGACGUAUAAGACCAGUCAGGGUGGGCACCGGCUUCACAUGACGAUGGUAUUAUAUUAUAUUAAUAACAGUCGGCAUAUCUUAUGGUAAAGACAUAACAUUGUAACAGAGAAACAAACACAGGUUGAUUGCGGGAGUUUCGAGAGACAAUCGAGUCAACAAAAGCAUAUCCAUUUCUAUAGCAUUUCUUAUACAACUAAAGUGCAAGGAUACAACAUAAUCUAGCCAAAUAAUCCAUUCCUGAUUAGAUUUGAUGUUGUAAAUCUCUCUGUGCUUUGCUAAAUUAACACUGAAACAUAAUUACCACAUUUCGUAUAGAAUCCAUAGAAACAAAACAGAGUGACGUGUAUGUAUUAAUAAUCCUUGUAUACGUUCAAUUUCAAGCCGUAUGGCGAGGUCUCAAAAUGAAAAUGACACUUAAAAGGUGA